AUGGGAGAAAAAGCAAAUAAUCAACUCAUUCAACGUGAUCCAAUGAUUGAGGCCUUAAUACAACAGACAGCAGCAUUACAAGAGAUGGUUACGCAAUUGACACUCAAGGUCAUCAACAACGAAUCCAAGAGCAACAAGAAUGACAAAGCAGAUGAUGAUCGGGGGCUUCGAUUCGAAGUAACUGAGUACGAUGGCCAAGGAAACCCCAAAGUCUAUCUUGAAUGGGAGUCGGCAUUAGAGAGGUUCUUCGAGUAUAAGGGAACCAGUACCGAAAAGCAGUUCAAGAUCGCAAUGGCAAAACUAACCAAGUACGCAGCCCUAUGGCAUGCCAAUUUAAAGAAGCAACGCAACAAGGGAGGCAAGAAAAAAAUCGAAACUUGGGAAAAAAUAAAGAAGGGCACAAAGACCAUUGCGCAAUAUGUUGAAGAAUUCGAGAGGAUGUCAAUCUUAUGCAACAUUGAGGAGAGGGAAGAGCAAACUAUAGCUCGAUUCCUAGGGGGAUUAAAUUGCGACAUUUGGGACAAAGUAGAACUGCAACCCAUUCUCUCCUUUCAUGAACUAUGCAAGCUUGCCAUGAUGGUUGAAUCGCAAGCCAAAAGGGCGCCAAACAAGGCCUAUUCGAAGGCGUUCUCUACGCCAGCAAGGCAAACGCCGCCACCGGUGACCCCGGGCACGAGCAAAAACGAUGGCAAGACACCUCCCAAUAUGGAGAAGGAUAAGGGAAAGCAGGAAGCCACUUUGGAGGAUGGCACACCCAAAAAUGACACAGAUAGUGACCAAGAAUGUAGGCCUGAAAGUAGUGACGAUGAGGAAGAGGGUGAACAAAAUAACUUGGUCCUACAAAGGGUGUUGCAUUCAAAGUCUGUGGAUGAGACGCAACGCGAAACUAUCUUCCACACUCGGUGCAAGGUAAAUAAAUCCACCUUCAAGCUGAUAGUUGAUGGGGGGAGUUGCGCCAACGUAGUAGCUGGUGGCCUAGUUAACAAACUGCAAUUGUCAACUACAAGACACCCAAAGCCCUACAAACUUAAGUGGCUGGAUGAGGACAACGAAGUAUCGGUGAGGAAGCAAACAUUGGUCAACUUUACAAUUGGUAAAUACCAAGACGAAGUUUUAUGUGACAUUGUGCCUAUGGACGCUUGUGAUAUAUUACUUGGCCGACCGUGCCAAUUUGACAGGAAGACCAUUCACGAUGGAGAGUCUAACACUUACAAAAUCACACACGAUGGGAAGACGAGGAUUUUACUUCCACUAAAUCCCAGCGACAUUAAGGUCACGAAAAAGAGUACCCCAAAGGAAAGCAAACAAGUAAUGUAUGUCAAUAGGAAGCAAUUUGAGAAGGAAUUCCACCAUCAUCAAAUAGCAUAUGUUCUCGUGGCUAAGGAGAUAAAACCAUUUGAUUGCAUUAAGAACCGUAAGUUAAGGGAAUCAUUGCAUGAGUUUGAGGAUGUUUUUCCCGACGAUUUACCUCAGGGAUUACCACCAGUCAGGGGGAUUGAAUAUCAAAUUGAUUUGAUACCGGGAGCACCAAUACCCAACAAGCCUCCAUACAGAUGCAAUCCUGAAGAAACAAAGGAGAUGCAGAGACAGAUUGAUGAAUUAAUGGCAAGAGGGUACGUUCAGGAAAGUAUGAGCCCGUGCGCAGUACCUACACUAUUAGUACCGAAGAAGGACGGGACAUGGCGCAUGUGUAUCGAUAGCAGGGCGAUCAAUAAUAUCACUAUCAAGUACAGAUUUCCUAUUCCACGAUUGGAUGACUUGUUAGACGAGUUAAGUGGUUCCAAGCUAUUCUCGAAAAUUGACCUCCGAAGCGGGUACCAUCAGAUUUGCAUAAGAGAAGGGGAUGAAUGGAAGACCGCAUUCAAAACAAAGCAUGGCUUGUACGAGUGGUUGGUGAUGCCGUUUGGGUUAACAAACGCUCCCAGCACAUUCAUGCGGUUGAUGAACGAAGUAUUUCGUCCUUUCAUUGGUAAGUUUGUGGUAGUUUACUUGGACAAUAUUCUGGUAUACAGUCGGGACGAGGACCAGCACAUGAACCACAUUCGGCAGGUGUUUGAGGCACUACAAAGGCAUAAAAUUUACGCCAAAUUAGAGAAGUGUGACUUUAUGCAGCGUGAAAUCGGAUUCCUAGGUUACAAUCUUACGCAUGAGGGUAUCAAGGUGGAUCCAAAGAAGGUAGAAGCAAUCGCUUCAUGGCCCGUACCAACCACGGUUACACAAGUACGUUCCUUUCAUGGGCUGGCAUCGUUUUAUAGGCGUUUCAUAAAAAAUUGUAGCACCAUUAUGAGCCCUAUUACGGAGUGCACCAAGCAGGGGAAGUUUAGGUGGACGCAACAAGCACAAGGGGUUUUCGAGUUGAUGAAGGAGAAGAUGUGCAAUACUCCCAUCUUAGCAUUACCUGACUUCACAAAGCCUUUUGAGGUAGAAUGUGACGCGAGUGGAACGGGGAUUGGCGCAGUUUUAACGCGAGGAGGUAAGCCAAUAUCAUAUUUCAGUGAGAAAUUAAAUGGUGGCAAGUUGAACUAUUCGAUGUACGACAAAGAAUUUUAUGCCAUGGUUCGUGCACUAGACCAUUGGAGCCAUUAUCUCAAACCUCAGGCUUUCGUUCUACAUUCAGAUCAUGAUUCCUUGUGA